AUGGCGCAUGACGAGGUCUUUUCCGGGCCUAUGUCCGAGAGUGUGCCGUCCAGCAUUGCGUCCUUCGCUCAUCGUCGUUCACGUCAUGAUUCGACGGUUACUUUCACAUACCUCACCGAGGAUGAAGAUCUAGGACAAGACGUUGAAGAAGCCCUGGAACAAGAUACCGAUCUUGAGGAUGACAAUUUUCUUGAUGACCGCGACGGCGCUGAAUCUAUUGUUUCAUUCGGAAAGCGCCAUCGGCGCUCUGAAUCUCACGCAUCUGCCGAACAUCCUCUGCUCGAUAGACAUGAAUCCGCGCAGUCUUUCCUCGACCGGAGGAAAGCCGGCGGUCGCAUCAGCCAGAAGAUAUACAUCGCGACGGAAGACUUGACCGCCGUGAUCACAGGGUUUUGCACCAGUCCUUGGGGGUUAUCUCAUCCUUCACUGGAUACCGAAGUGGCGGCUACGAUUGAUAGGGGCCCCGGCACCGCUCAGAGACUGCCGUCCGUUAGUGGAUGGAAAGACUCCGCUUGGACAAGCACUAAACGCAUGCGCCUGGGGUUGGAUGCGGAGGAAAGAGACAACAGAGAACUUGUCUUCGGCCAGAACAUCAUUGACGUGCAGCAGAAGUCUACCAGUCAGCUUCUCGUCGACGAGAUUGCGAGCUUGAUUCUUUGGUCUUUGGAUACAUACUAUUACUAUGCCGUCUGCAUUUUCCUCAUCUCUCUCUUCAGUAUUACCGCAACCAUUCUUGAAACACGCUCGACAAUGGCACGACUCAAAGAGGUUUCUCAUUUUGAAUGCAACGUACGAGUGCUGCGGAACGGGUUUUGGCGAACCGUCUCGUCUGUCAAUAUGGUUCCAGGUGAUGUUUUUGAAGUCUCAGAUCCAUCACUUAACCAAGUACCUUGCGAUUGCUUAUUAUUAUCUGGAGAUUGUAUUAUCAAUGAGAGCAUGCUCACAGGGGAAUCCGUACCAGUGUCAAAGAUACCAGUCACAGAAGAUGUUCUCGACUAUCUCGACCUAAAGGCCCCUUCUAUCAAUCCAGCAGUGGCCAAACAUUUCCUCUUUUAUGGCACAAAAGUCAUUCGCGCACGCCGACCCCGUCAGUCUGAUGGAGAAGUGGAAGCUGUUGCCCUUGGGAUUGCUUUGCGUACCGGGUUCUCGACGACAAAGGGCUCUCUUGUUCGGUCGAUGCUCUUUCCUAAGCCCUCUGGGUUCAAAUUUUACCGAGACUCUUUCCGAUAUAUCUCAGUAAUGGGGAUGGUUGCAGCCUUAGGGUUCGUAGCCUCUUUUGCUAAUUUCAUCAGACUCGGACUCUCUUGGCGUACUGUUGUGGUUCGAGCUCUGGACCUCAUCACUAUUGUCGUGCCACCGGCUUUACCAGCAACUUUGACUAUAGGGACGAAUUUUGCCUUGGCUAGAUUGAAAAAGCAGCAAAUAUUCUGUAUCAGCCCGCAGAGGGUAAAUGUCGGCGGCAAGCUAGACGUAGUCUGUUUUGAUAAGACCGGAACGUUGACUGAAGAUGGAUUGGAUGUCCUUGGUAUCCGUACAGCUAGCAAAAACAAGAGCUUCAGUGACAUAUUUUCUGAUCCGAGGGAGUUGAUCGCCGCUGCUCGUUCCCAGCAAAAUACCGAACUAGAUUACGACAAGUCCCGAGAUAUCAUAUGUACAAUGGCCACCUGUCAUUCCCUUCGAGUCGUUGAUGGGGAGCUCCUUGGUGAUCCUUUGGAUAUUAGAAUGUUUGAAUUCACAGGAUGGACAUUCGAAGAAGGUGGAAAUACUCAGGCCGAGCAGCAAGGCAGUUCCAAUGGCGAUACCAUCAUACCAUCAGUGGCGAGACCUCCAAAUAGCUGGCAUGACUUUAAAAAGGAUCAGACUCCACUAGAGCUGGGCAUUUUACGCUCCUUUGAGUUCGUUUCGCACCUUCGCCGUACUAGUGUUGUUGUGCGACAAUUCGGUGAAAACGGUGCUAGCGUUUUUGUUAAAGGGGCUCCUGAGUGUAUGAGGGACAUCUGUCAUGCCGACACUCUUCCGCCUAAUUUUGACGAAUUGCUGGGCUAUUACACCCAUAGAGGCUACCGAGUCAUUGCCUGCGCCGCGAAAUACGAACCCAAGUUAAGCUGGAUGAAGAUCCAGAAAAUGUCGAGAGAACAAGCAGAAUCUGGUUUAAAUUUCCUGGGAUUCAUUGUCUUUGAGAACAAAUUAAAAGACACCACCACCCCAGUCAUGUCUGAACUCAGAGAAGCCGGGCUACGAACUGUCAUGUGUACGGGGGAUAACAUUCUCACUGCUAUUAGCGUUGCCCGGGAGUGUGGUCUCAUAGACCCCAAUUCACCGGUCUUCGUACCUCAUCUCUCCGACAGCAACCAUCACCUGGACCCGAGUGCCACAUUGAUAUGGGAAAGCGUUGAUGACCCAGCCUCAAGGCUUGACGAGAAAACACUCAUGCCUAUCUUGGACCCCGCUACGCAUGACGUUUCAAUUCCUCUAAACAGGCUCAAUAUGAACACGUAUUCAUUGGCAGUCAGUGGAGAUAUAUUUCGAUGGCUCAUCGAUUACGCAACUGAAGACGUCCUCAAAAGAGUUCUUGUUAAAGGCCAAGUCUUUGCCAGAAUGUCUCCUGAUGAGAAACAUGAGCUUGUUGAGAAGCUUCAAUCACUAGACUACUGUUGCGGAUUUUGCGGCGACGGAGCUAAUGAUUGUGGUGCACUGAAAGCAGCAGAUGUCGGUAUAUCGCUCUCAGAUGCUGAGGCAUCGGUUGCGGCUCCUUUCACAAGUCGCAUUUUUGAUAUAUCCUGCGUUCCGACCUUGAUAAAGGAGGGUCGGUCUGCAUUGGUCACAAGCUUCUGUUGUUUUAAGUAUAUGAGUCUCUACUCUGCCAUUCAGUUCACAACAGUCAGCUUCUUAUACACGUCGGCCUCAAACUUGGGAGACUUCCAGCUAGUGGUCUUUGAAACUGUUCGAACAAGGCCUUGGUACAUACCACCCACGAUCAAUCUUGACGAUACUAACAUUGAAAACUCGGAAAACACAUCGUUAUUCCUUCUCUCAUGUUACCAAUACAUCCUUUCUAGCAUUGUUCUGAGUGUAGGACCGCCAUUCAGACAACGAAUCUACAGGAACGUUCCCUUCCUUGCUACAAUUGGAUUGGCUUUGUCAUUAUCAACAUACAUGUUGAGUGAGUCUUCAGGAUUUUUAACACGCAUAAUGCAGUUGACAGAAUUGCCCUGGAGCUUUGCAAUGUUCCUUGUGGCUCUGGCAAUAUGCAGUUUUGCAGUUUCGUGGGUUGCAGAAAAUUACGUAUUUCCCUCCCUUGCCCGCGCUAUAGGUCGUGGGCUUUCCCUCCUUCGACCAAAUAGAAAGAAAAGCCGGCGCGAGUACAAGGUUCUGUUGGGACAGAUGAGGUCGUGA